AAUUUAGCGCCGUUUACUCUCUUUUACGCGUACCAGCAUACUUUUACGAUCUCCAUCCUCCGUCUCAACAUUUUUCAAUAUGAUUUCCACCCUCAUGAAUGUUACCGCCCGCGUCGCUCUCUCCAGCCUCCUUACCACAACUUUCUUCAAACGGAUGGUCAUCGACCAUACCGUUGAGGUCCUGUCAAAGGCGGAGAAGGUUUCCGCUGGCCUCGUCGCAUACACCGUCUGCUCGUCGUCAAUCAUGCUCGUUCUAGCAUCCGACACAGUAGCUAAGAAGUUCCUCUGCGACGACGCCAGGUAUCUACCCACUCCGAAGGACGACGCCGCCGACCCCAAUAAUCCGCUCUCUGACAACAUCUCCACCCCCGCUACGCCUCAGCGCGCCGAAAUUUAUUGCCUGCCAUCUCCUUCAUUGCGUUUAAUCGAAUCAACGGACACAAUAGCCGUCUCAAUCACGUGUUCUACCACUUGCAUCAGUCUCACUUCGCCGAACCUCUCUUGCAAAUCCCUGUCUAUCACUGAUACAAACGCUACUACCGUCUUCUCGGACGAUGCUCCAGACGCCAGCGACUGUGAGUCGUUUGGUGACGAUAGCACUUUCUACGAGGACGAUUUUUCUGACCCAGAACAGACUACUCUCGACACCCUAGUUGCCAAAAUGCAAGCUCUGACACUCGACGAUUCCCCUCGUCUACCCACGCUUCAUCCGCUCAUUCUAGUCGCCAACCGCCAGUCAGCAUCUACGUCUCCUUCGAGUCUGCCUGAACCCGCCAACUCCACGGAUGCACUAAUUCAAAGUAUGAAUCUCUCCGAUAGUCCGCCUGACGUCCCUCUUCCUGACUCGGACGACGCCAUGGACGCCUUGAGUCGAAGUAUUGAGACACUUUCUCUCUCCGAUCCUCUGCCUUCCACCCCUAAAUUGGAGCCCCCGAUUCUGGUUACGAAGCGCGCUGCAGCUCAACUCAAAUGGCUCCCUCCUACUAGUAUUCCGCCUCCGCAGCCUACGAUCAAAUCAACACGCGAAAUCACGGCCUCUUUACCUGUCCCCUACGACCUAGAGCUUUACCGCCCAAAAGGUUUGAGGUCGCCGCCACUUACUACGCACUCGCACACACACCUACGCAUCACACACUGCCGCCGAUGGUCCCCUACGACUCAUCCGGACGACGCACCAUACCACAUGAGCUCCUUCAACACGGUCCACCACGACCCAAACCUUCACCGCCUUCGAAGUCGAAGCUCAAUUCCAGUCUACGCACCCACCACGCCGCGGGUCUUCAACGCCAGCCUAGGUCCCCUACGACCCAAUUCCGGUGGUGCACUAAACGGCCUCCUUCAUGGUCCCUUGCGACCUGAAGUUAGAUUCAACGACCGACGCCCACCGUCACGCACUCGUCUAUCAAACCGAAUCGCUUUUCGGUUCGUUCUCCCCAUAGAGGUAUUCUUGAUUUGUUUUUUCCUUGACUGUAUGAGACGAACAUUGAACUUAUCUCUGGCAUGUUUCUUUUUUCUUCUUUUUUCCUUCCGCACCAAGACACAUCUUUGAUUUGUUUUCUCCCUUAUACGAGACAGACAUUGGACUCAUC